AUGCUUAACUUAGAGGAUAGAGCCUAUAUCUAUCUAUCUAUCUAUCUAUCUAUCUAUCUAUCUAUCUAUCUAUCUAUCUAUCUAUCUAUAUAUAUAUAUAUAUAUGAAGAAAUAUGCAAAUCAAUAAAGACACUAACACACAGGAUAUUAGAAAAUGAUUCUAUCUAUCUAUCUAUCUAUCUAUCUAUCUAUCUAUCUAUCUAUCUAUCUAUCACAGCCUGUUCCAUUCUACCCAUCAUAGUCUGUUCAUAUCUAUCUAUCUAUCUAUCUAUCUAUCUAUCUAUCUAUCUAUCUAUCUAUCUAUCUAUCUAUCAGAGCCUGUUUCAUUCUACCCAUCAUAGUCUGUUCAUAUCUAUCUAUCUAUCUAUCUAUCUAUCUAUCUAUCUAUCUAUCUAUCAGAGCCUGUUCCAUUCUACCCAUCAUAUCUGUUCAUAUCUAUCUAUCUAUCUAUCUAUCUAUCUAUCUAUCUAUCUAUCUAUCUAUCAGAGCCUGUUCCAUUCUACCCAUCAUAGUCAGUUCAUAUCUAUCUAUCUAUCUAUCUAUCUAUCUAUCUAUCUAUCUAUCUAUCUAUCUAUCUAUCAGAGCCUGUUCCAUUCUACCCAUCAUAGUCAGUUCAUAUCUAUCUAUCUAUCUAUCUAUCUAUCUAUCUAUCUAUCUAUCUAUCUAUCUAUCAGAGCCUGUUCCAUUCUACCCAUCAUAGUCUGUUCAUAUCUAUCUAUCUAUCUAUCUAUCUAUCUAUCUAUCUAUCUAUCUAUCUAUCUAUCUAUCAGAGCCAUAUCUCUACCCAUCAUAGUCUGUUCAUAUCUAUCUAUCUAUCUAUCUAUCUAUCUAUCUAUCUAUCUAUCUAUCUAUUGCUUUUUAUCCUCUUUCUCUCUACUUCCCUCUCCCUCUUCUUUCUUUUUCCUUCUUUCUUUUUCCUUCUUUCUUUUUCCUUCUUCCUUUUUCUUUUCUCUCUUAUCCCCUCCCAUUUCAAUAUUAAAUUUAAGAAGGUUCAGUCAUAAACUUGGUAUCUAUCUAUCUAUCUAUCUAUCUAUCUAUCUAUCUAUCUAUCUAUCUAUCAUUUUUCGUUCUCUGCACAUCUAUCAAGCUAUCUCUUAUUCUCCACAUCUUUCUAUCUAUCUAUUUCGUUCUCUCCGUAUCUAUCUAUCUAUCUAUCUAUCUAUCUAUCUAUCUAUCUAUCUAUCUAUCUAUCUAUCUAUCUAUCUAUCUAUCUAUCUAUCUAUCCUUACAUUAUUGAAUGUGGACAAAUUGCUGAAGUUGUGA